UGAAUGGCUGUUUGCAUCUGCUCGUACCAAUCAGAUUGUGUUUGAUGGCACGUGCUAUACAAUCGAUUCGCUGGAAUGUGUGAUGAACGCAGACAGCAAUUCACUCGCUAAUUUGCUGGUGUGAUGUAACUCGGUUACACAAAUUUAUGAUUUGUGUGUUGGUUUGCCUGUCUGCUCUACGAACGAGAACACCACUUGCCUUAUUACAGUCUACCUGUUGGUCUGUUCAUCGGUAAAAGUAACUGAGCUUGUACGUGCUUGGUUGCAAUCACACGAACAGUCUCUCGUCUAGACCGGCUCGUGUAGCACCAUUCAGCCACCUACGCUCAGAUCGAUACGUAUAAGCAUCAUUCUUGCGAUAUCUCAUUCGAAUCGGGCAUCACUGCUCAAUGAGCCGCUCAGCAAUCUUCUGCCUCAUCGGCCCAGCAGUGCUCAUACGUGCAAUCAUUCGAUUAGCGUUCAUCCUUAUCUUUCCACUCACACACCGCAGCCAGCCGUACCAAUCCGAUCACAGAUAUUUCAAAACAUCAAUCUCAAAACCAAAAAAGUUCUUAUCACAUAUUUCUAUCAGUGUAGCAGAAUGCUGCAUAUAUAAGGUCCGUUGGCACAAAGCAUCCACUAAUAGGGCACCAUCGAUGCGCAGAUCGUUUCGGAUUUCCUUUAAAAUGAAUGCUCUCGCACAUCUCAUGCUAUUAUAUCUUACCUUCAUACUUACCUCGGAAUUUAAGCUUAAACACGUCACAAGCAAUCUCUUUGUAGGACUAGAUGGCGAUUAUCCGCGCUGGGUAACUCUGCAACGCUCAAAUACUUUCGAGGAGAAACCGUCGAGAGUUGAUGGCGAAAAGAUAAUAACCGUAAAGGAACUCAAGAACAAGGUGUGGGACAUUGAGGGCAACCGUAAGUACCUCAUAUUCUAUCCCGAGCAUGGCGAGGUCAAUCAAAGAUUCAAUAUCGUGAAGUUGGCGCGCGGUAACGUGCGAAUAAAGAGUGCGAACGGGCAGUGUAUAGUUUACAAUGAAGGUGAGAAGAAGUUUGAGCGAAAUGACUGCGCUGAUGAGUCGGUGACGCAGGUGUUUGUGCUUACGGAUGCUAAUGGCGUUGCAAUCGGUGGCGCGUGGGGUGCUGGUGGCGAGGGAGGAGACCAAUGGGGCAACGAAUGGGGUAACGAGUGGGGAAGUGGAUGGGGUGCUGGUAACGGGUUAUUUGGAGAGUACAAGAUGGACCAAAAAAUGGCACUCGAUGAGCUGGGAAGAAAUGCGCGUUUCCUUGAUUCUGGAAUUAUGUCUGGCGGAAUGUACGGCAACGGAAAAUUCGGUGACAAGGGCAUGUACGGUGGAGGAUAUUCUGGCAGUUUUAUGAACCAGAAAUUGGACGGAAUGUUUGACACCCUCCCGGCCAUGGAUAAGCAGAGACUAUUAAGAAUGUACUAUCAGAAUGCUGGAGGUGGAUCACAAUCAGGCCGGUAUUCAACGUCUAGCAGAACGCCCAGUUCGUACAGCUUUUUCCGGUCAUUUUAGAAUAGGUUCAAAGUAAAUAAAAGUUUUGACUGAAA